AUGGCGGUAGUUCUCCUUACCACGCUUGCUUGGAUAUAUUCGUUGGCCGCUGUCUUCCAUGCCCUUUUGGCCCCCAUUCUGCUCAAACUCAUUGCCUCACAGCAAGUCUUGCGUCUUAUCAUCCUAACAUAUAUCUUUCAAGUCGUUCUAUUUCCGGUGCUGAUCUAUGUAUGGUACACCAACGAAAGUGAAGGAAGUGAACCGAAGAGAAGGAAGUCUGUUGCACCGUUGCGCAACGGAACCGACGCUGAUGAGGCUACAGCUCUUCUUUCCGAUGCACACGCUUCUUCACGCGAGUCCACUUUGCGGAAUAGGAGGAAUUCGGGGGGCAGGUCCGAAAGUCCGUCUCCUUCCUCGGAGACGAGCGAAGGUACAGAUGUGAUAGGCUUGAAGCACUUUCUUCUAAAGCGGAAGCUACGGACAGCAUUGAUGGUGUUGGCGAUCGUCACAAACACAGUCUUAUUCGGCCUGUGUUUGGACUUCACAUUCAGCGACUAUUUAUUCCAAAAGAACUAUGAUUUACUCGUCUCAAGAGUUGGAGGAAUCGGCCCAGACUUUGCAAAAAUCUUUGUGAGGUCCCCGACCGAGCACCAAAUUCAACUGGAAUACCAGCGGGUAGAGGGAGACACUGGAUGGCAAUCUUGCGAGUCGAGUGUUGCUGUUAGCCCGAGCUCUGAUUAUACUGCUUCAGUCAAGUGCACGGGACUGUCUCCCGAAACUCAAUACCGGUAUCGGUGGCGGUCGGUGGCAACAGGGAGGUCCCUAUUUCCUGAGUCCGACGAGCGAGAUAUGUACUUUAAGACGGCUCCGCCGGAUCGCGCUCCAGCCAAGUUUUCGUUUGCUUAUACGUCAUGUGUGAAGCCCGGGUUUCCCUACGGGACCAAGGGGCUACGAGGCUUCCAUGAAAUGGGGCGUCAGGACCUAUCCUUCGUCAUGUUCUUGGGAGAUUUAAUCUAUGCUGACGCGCCAUAUCUAUAUGGAACGGACGUGGACACCUACCGCUGGCAUUAUCGUUAUCUCUAUUCUAAACCUGAUUUCCGGAAGACUUUCAGCAGAUUGCCGUUCAUGACAAUCUACGAUGACCACGAGGUGUUGAACAACUGGGAAUGGGAUAGCCAGCAGCCCUAUCCUGCGGCAUUCCAAGCCUUCAAUGAAUAUGCUGGGCUGUCCAACCCCCAUGAGGACGCCAAUGUCAGUGCUGUCUUUGAAUAUGAGUUUGGAGAUACAGCUUUCUUUGUUAUGGAUGCGCGAGGAUAUAGAAAUCGCGAAGAGGAAACAAUGCUCGGGGAGAAACAAAAGACAAGGUUGAAAGAUUGGUUACUUGCAGUUAAUUCUACACAUACUGUUAAAUUUCUAGUCAGUUCGGUUCCGUUUACCCAAAAUUGGCAGUGGGAGCAUACCGAUACCUGGGCAGGAUUCUUGAAAGAGCGGCAGGAGAUUUUAGAUUUUAUAUCGAGGAACCGGAUCCAGAAUGUGCUGGCGAUCAGCGGCGACCGACAUGAAGUCGCUAUCACGCGGUUGCCAGGCAAUGUCAUUGAGUUCAGUACAAGCCCGCUACAGGCUUUCUAUAGUCCCAUCGAUACAUAUAUAGAAACAGGUCAGGACGAGAAAAUCUUUGCUUGGCGCCCUGGAAACAUCAAAUGGGCCAUGUUUACAAUUGACACCACCCAAAGUACCCCGACUGCCACCUAUGCCCUCUUCGUAAAUGACUAUCAAGAUACACCCGUGUACGAAAAGACAUUCCCGUUGUCCCGUUCUUGA